AUGCUGUUACUCGUUUUCCUCAUAACGUUGAACGUUGUUCGAUCGCAGAUGAUUCGACAGUGUUUGUGUAAGGACUUUCUACCGUGUAAGAAUUCGGCUGUCGCCAGUAUCAUAAACUGCGCCGAUCACUGCAAGAAUCAUGUGACAGAACUUGGGGCCUCGUAUCCAGCGUUUCGAAGUUGUCUGGUUUCCAGUGAACCAAUGUUCAACGCAAUGCUAAAAUGUCAGGAGCGUCAUCUGCAGGGAGCGAAUUACUUCAGUUGCACGGAUAGCCCAGGUCAGAUGGUACCAAAACGAUAUCCGGAAACUAUGAAAAUCGCUGCCUUUACUGAGAUAAAUUCAAUGCUAACAAGAUCAGGAAUCCAAAACGAAGCUAAGAAUUUCCUCGCGACCGGAAAGAAAUUCGCCACAUGCAUAAUGAAGUGUUCGGAACGAGGAGCUGGCAGCUGCUUGAAAAAACUGAACUGUGGUCUUGCCCUUCCAUCCGACAUCGAGGUCAUACAAACUACAAAGCGAUGCGCGAUUGAAGGCGGAUUCAAUACCGAGGCUCUGCGAGGCCUUUGUCAGUGCUUCGUAAAUACUGGUAUGAGGUUCGUGAAACAUUUUUAA